AUGUCCGGGCAGAUCGAGAACCUCAAGUCUUUCGACCCCUUCGCGGAAGCCGAUGAAGGAGAAGGCGAGACCAAGCAGUCGCAGAACUACAUCCAUAUUCGUAUCCAGCAACGCAAUGGACGCAAGACCUUGACCACAGUCCAAGGACUCCCCAAGAAGUUCGACCAGAAGAAGAUCCUCAAGGUGAUCAAGAAGAAGUUCGCUUGCAAUGGCACCAUCGUCAACGACUCGGAGAUGGGUGAGGUGAUUCAGCUGCAGGGUGACCAGCGCAAGGAUGUGCAGGAGUUCCUCGUGGACAAGAAGGAGGGCCUGGAGCUAGAUGCCAAGACCAUCAAGGUCCACGGUUUCUAG